AUUCUUGGCGAGCGACAAUAUUGUCGAAUCGAUGUUAUACCAUCUCUAGUGACAACUGUGGCUUUUGCGAAUUCUUCUGUUUUGUUUUUAUUGCAAUUUAUGUAGUUUUGUGCACAUUGCUUUUGCUGGGCCUGGGCAUGUGUUUACAGCGAUUCCUUAUACAAGCGCGAGCUACACUCAGCCGUUAUGUACCUGAGAGAGCGGCAAUACUUGGCGACAAUCAACGCAAACUGCACAUUGUAAUUGGCAAUGAGUCAUGUGAUCUGGAUUCGGCGGUGUCAGCGCUGACGCUUGCCUUCAUCUACGCACAGCGGCAGCAGGAGCACGACUAUGUGCCUGUGCUUAAUAUACCGCGCAUCGAUUAUCCGCUCAAAACAGAGGUGGGACAUAUGUUUAGUAAGUGCGGAAUUGCCGAGCAGUCACUUAUCUUUCGUGACGAUCUGCCACCGCAAUUAAGCAGCAAUUGCAGUGUAAUACUCGUCGAUCAUCAUAUCAGUAAGCUAGCGCCGCACGUAGUCGAGAUACUUGAUCAUCGCCCGCUUGAGAACAAUCCGGCAUUACAGCUGUUGCCAACGCACUGUGUACGGCAAAUCGAAGCUGAGCUGGGUUCCUGUGCAACACUUGUUGGUGAACGUUAUUUGGCUAUGGAUGAGCCGCGCUCAAGCGAGGUGGCCAAACUAUUGCAUGCCACUAUUGUGCUGGACACUAUAAAUUUUUCGCCCGGCGCAAAACGUUUUUGUGCACGUGAUGUGACCAUGGUUGAGCAGCUCGAACGGCAGCUAGAAAACGUUAAUGCAGACAACAAGGAGCAGCGUCAGCUCCUUUUUGAUGAGUUAGUCGCAGCCCGAGCCGACAUAAGCAAGCUUACGCUUGUCGAGGUGCUGCGCAAGGACAUGAAACUGUUGCAGACGGAAAGACACACAGUGCCGCUAGCUGGGCUGCCUAUGCUUGCCCGUGAUUUUAUCGACAAGAACGGCGCGGAGCAGGCGAUAAGGGAAUUCGCCGCAGAUAGCAAUCUAUUGCUCAUACUCGGCAUGUAUGUGCCGCCCAACAAAGCUGGACAAGUGCAACGCGAUAUAGCGCUCAUCUCGCUAACAGGCCAGACACAAUUGGUGGAGUGUGUGCGUAGAGCGCUAGUGGACUGCCAGGAUCCUCCACUUGAGCUGGCCCCACAUGAUGUGGCCAGUAAUUUCAUGGGCGGCUGCUUUCUCCGUCAGCAUAAUCUGCAGGGAACCCGCAAACACAUAUUGCCCGUGGUCAAGCAAGCGCUGUCACAGUGGGAGGCGUCCCAUCAAUGUGACUGCGAUGAUGUUUACUUUUUCAAAGAGAAGCCAAAGCUGGGACUUUCCUAAAGACUGCGUAAUCAACUCAAAAA